AUGGCUACAGCGUCGGAAACCAUUGACGGCAUCGCCAGUACUGCCAGCAGCAGACAGCGACGUGGUGGUUUCAAUGACCGGAAACCGAGAAACACAGAGUCGUCCGGAAGAGUCUUCCUAGCAGAGAAGAAGAGCGAGAGCUGUGCCGCUUGCAGCGAGCAGCACCCAGUCUGGAAAUGUCCGUCUUUCAAGGCAAAGACCGUGGAUGAACGAUGGGACCUGGCAAAAGAGAAAAGGCUAUGCUAUCGAUGCCUUGGGUCAGGUCACUGUGGAGCGCAGUGUCCCAGAACCAGACAAUGCGGUGUGGAUAAGUGCAGCGACACCCACAAUUGGUUGCUGCAUCGUAAACCGAAGUUCGACAAGGUACACAGCGAACCGGAUCGCAGCACUGAAGGGGAGCGACCUUCAAGGCACAACGUCGGCAACGUUAUGUCAGCGAGUAACGUCAGCGCAGCACCAGGGUCACUGCGCACUGUGCCAGUGUUGUUGAGCAACAACGAGCGGACCAUACGGGUCAACGCGUUCCUGGAUGACGGCGCGACGCAGACGCUGAUCAGCGCAAGUGCCGCAGGCGCACUUGGUCUCCGCGGAGAGACGAAGAGGAUUACAAUGUCUACUCUGAAUGGGCACCAAGAGACGUUUCAGAGUAUGCCAGUCACUGUCACACUGUCUGACUUGACCAAGAAGACAAGCGUGGACAUCUGUGCUAACACGGUACCAGCAGUAUCUCGGUCGCUAACACCAGUAGACUGGGAGAUUGUCAAGAAGAGCUGGCCACACUUGGAGAAUGUCAAGUUCCCGAAGCUCAGUGAUUGGUCGACAGUUGACCUUCUGAUUGGUAUUGACAACAGCAGCCUGCAUGUAUCGCUAGAAGAAGUCAUCGGUGGUCCAGGUGAGCCAAGUGCCCGGAGAACACCACUCGGCUGGACAUGUGUGGGUCCCAUCAGUCAAACGGCAGGAGACUCCCGGGUAUCGGCCAGCGUGCACCAUUGUCUGAUGACUCAGUCAGACGCCGACCUCACUCAGCUGGUGAGGAAGUUCUGGGAAGUAGACAGUCAGCCCGUGGCAGAUGGAGCGGCACUUCUAACCCCAGAUGAGCGACAUGCACAGGAGACGGUCGCAAAGUCGAUCAAGCACAUUGGAAGCCAAUACAGCGUUGGCAUUCCAUGGAAGGAUCACCCGCCCGGAGCUAAUGCUAGCUACCACACUGCUCUGAAGCGUUUGGCCAACACCGAGCAGCGGCUGAGGCGAGACGCAGCAGUCGGAGAAGUCUACGCCGCUACGAUAGCGGAACACAUCAGCCAGGGCUAUGUGCGCCGGGUGGACGCCGCAGACGUCAACGACGGAAACUCGUGGUACUUGCCCCACUUCCCGAUAGUCAAGCCGGACAAGACCACAACAAAAGUACGCAUCGUGUUCGAUGCCGCAGCGAAGUCGAACGGCAAGUCAUUGAACGACUUCAUCUUGCCCGGCCCCAAAUUACAGCAAGACCUGGUGAAUGUACUGGUUAGGUUCCGUCGUGAGCCGAUAGCACUGGUCUGCGAUAUUGCCCAGAUGUACCUCCGUAUCAGCCUAAAUCCAGACGACCGGCGCUACCAUCGAUUUCUGUGGCGCACAGACCCAAGUAAGCCACCGGAAGUUUACGAAUUCUGCAGCGUGGUGUUCGGAGUCAAUGCUUCGCCAUUCCUAGCGCAGUACGUGUCGCAGCAGCAUGCCAGAUCGCUCAGCUCCGAUAUGCCGCAAGCCGCUAGUGUCGUGCUGGACUCCACAUACAUGGAUGAUAGCAUGACGUCAGCACCUGAUGUUGCAGCAGCCAAGUCAUUAUACGCGGAUUUGUCGGAUCUCUGGGGCCAAGCGAACAUGCACGCGCGGAAGUGGCUCUCUAACUCGGCGGAGGUUCUGGCUGAGAUCCCACAAGCUGAUCGGGCAAGUCAACUGGAGCUCACGGACGAACAGCUGCCGAACAUCAAGACGCUCGGCGUCCUCUGGCAAGCCGAGAUCGACAUGUUUACCUUUCAGUACAAGGUGCCAGAUUUCACACGUCUGACCAAGCGGCAGUUUCUGCGUAUUCUGGCAACAAUAUUUGAUCCGCUCGGCUUUCUAGCCCCGUACAUCGUCCGAGCCAAAGUCCAGUUCCAAUCCAUGUGGAUCGAAGGCUUCGAUUGGGAUGCAGACUUGCCAGAUGAUCUCGUCAGUGCAGCUGAAGCGUGGUGCGCCGAGCUACCGGAUUUGAAAAGAGUUCAAAUUCCGAGGUGCCUGCGACAAUCAGCAGCGACAACAGCAACUAGCAGCGUGGAAGUGUUUGUGGAUGCCUCCGAAAAGGCGUUCGGCGCAGUCGUCUACAUCCGGCAGCAGUUCAGCGAUGGCAGCGACUCAAUGCGUCUCGUCGCGUCGAAGAUGAAAGUCGCCCCGCUUGCUGUCCACAGUAUUCCGAGGCUGGAAUUGAUGGCCGCAGUUCUUGGUUUGCAGCUAGUGAAGUCUCUUCUACCUUCGCUUGAUCUCACAAUGAGUACUGUCACGUUCUGGUCUGACAGUGCUGAUGUCCUCUACUGGAUUCGUGGACAGAGCCGAAAGUACAAGCCGUUCGUUGCUCACAGAGUCGGCACAAUUCAGACAGCGAGUGAUCCCGACCAGUGGAAGCAUGUAGCUACUACCCGCAACCCAGCCGACCUGUUGACGCGUGGUAUGUCUGCAAGUCAGCUCGCAGAUUCCCAGUUCUGGUGGUGCGGUCCAGACAUGUCCGGGUUACACACGCCGUCCCCAGGAAAGGCAUUGUCAGCAACAGCGGCGGCAGAGCUGAAGAAGCCUGCAGUUGAGAUAGCUCAUUUCAGUUAUCUGGCGAUCGCCGCCUUGCCCGCAUUGGAUCCAGAGCGCUACAGCAGCCUCCUCAAGCUGGCCCGGGUCAUUGCCUGGAUCAAUCGCUUCUCAAGCAACGCAAGACGCCUGAACACUGAGCGAGUGUCAGGCCCCCUGUCCGUAGAUGAGAUCCGCAGCGCCGAGUAUGUCAUCAUACGUCAGUGCCAGCAGUCAGCCUUCCCAGAGGAAAUCAGUGCUCUACAGCGGGGAAAGCCUAUCUCUCCUAAGAGUGUGCUGAGCAGCUUACAGCCGCAGCUCGACGAAGAUGGUAUUCUGAGGUGUGGUGGUCGGUUGCGCUAUGCAGAGCAUAUUUCGGAUAAUGCCAGGUGCCCGAUCAUUCUGCCCCGCUCGAGCAGAGUAACCACUUUGAUAGUGAAACGAGCACACGUCCGCCUGUUUCACGUCGGUGGAACCAACCAGACCUUGGCAGCGCUCAGCCAACGGGUUUGGAUAGUUUCGGCCAGAGAAGCUAUUCGUGAGUAUGAGCAGCAGUGUCAAGCGUGUCGACGGCAGAAAGCAAAGACCCUGCAGCAGGUCAUGGCUCCUCUACCGAGUCACCGUACGAAGCCGUCAUUGAGUGCGUUCGCUACAACCGCGGUUGAUUUCUGCGGACCAUUCUUCACGAAGCAGGGUCGAGGACGAGCCCAGUGUAAGCGGUACAUGGCUGUCUUUACUUGCACCGCUACGCGAGCAGUUCAUCUCGAGCUGGUGAAUGACCUCACCACCGAUGGAUUUCUCAACUGCUUGAGUCGGUUUGUCAGUCGUCGUGGAACGCCUACAGAUAUCAUCUCGGAUAACGGCACCAACUUCGUCGGCGCAGUCAAUGAGCUGCAACAGUUGGUCGGCGAAGUCAACCAGCAGCGAGUAGCCAACAAGUUGUCUGCUAUUGGAGUGACUUGGCACUUUAACCCACCAGCAGCACCUCACUUCGGAGGAAUUCAUGAGUCCAUGGUCAAGAGCGCCAAGAGAGCAGCCUACGCCAUACUCACCCGAGCAGAUAUCACCGAUGAAGAGCUAGCAACGUGCUUUGCCUCAGCUGAAAGCAUGCUCAACUCGCGUCCCCUAACGUAUCAGUCAGCUCACCCGUCGGACGACAUUCCAUUGACGCCAAACCACUUCCUCAUCGGCCAAGUCGGUGGUCAGUUCGCACCAGCUUGCAGCGAAAGUAGCUUCAGCCCGCGCAGGCGCUGGCGCGCUGUGCAGCAUCUGAUUGGUCAAGUGUGGACUCGCUGGAUGAGAGAGUGGGUGCCUCUUCUCAACCCAGCCAAGAAAUGGAGGCAAGAGUUGCCAGACCUGAAAGUCAACGACGUGGUUGUAGUGGCAUCUAACGACACACCACGUGGGCAAUGGCCGUUAGCACGAGUAAUGGAAGUCUAUCCCGGUAAGGAUAACCAUGUACGAGUGGUGAAGCUGCGUCUAGCAACCGGUAAGAGCCUUGUGCGGCCUAUUGCUAAGCUAUGUCCGUUGUGUUGA